AUUAAUUGCAUACAAAAGAAUAAUCUUCAAAGAACACAGAACAAGUCAAGGGGGCAGGCUAGGCAAUGGCUGUGGGAAGAGACUGGCAGAAAGGUGAUUUCCCAAUUCAGUGUCUACAACGACAGAGAGAUAAAUAACAUACGAGAUCGAUAUUUGACCAGAAAGCUUUAAUGCAUUUUCGUGGCGAGCUGAAUUUUGAUGGGCAUUAGCUCUUUUUCAGCAAAGAAACAGUGGAACUGCUAAUCUAGGGUUUGCAGCUUAGGAAUAAGUAGUGAAACUUGGCAGAAAAAUCCUGACUGACAAGCUUAAAGAAGACAUUUUUCAUUUGAACCUGAUAUGGAUACAAAAACUGUUGUGGGUCAGAAAGUUGAAGCUGUUUUGCUGCUACCAAGUUGUGCAAUUGUUGGUCAGUCAAACAGUCUAAGGGGAAAACACCAUCUCUUUUCAUAGCUUUGUUGGGUUUAAGGAAGAUGGCACUGGAUGUGGUCUCUAGCGCUUCGGCUAUUCCGGCUUCAGAAGUCCUUUCUCAAACAAUAGAAAUCAUUCUUGAGAUUUUUGUUACUGCUAAUGAUGUCCUCGUUAAUAAGGAAAGUUUUAAGGAACUGACAGGUUACUUGGAAAGAGUAGUGCCUGUUUUAAAAGAGUUGGGCAAGAAAAAUAUUGAUCAUUCUGAGAGCUUGAAGAAUGCUGUUGAGAUUCUCAACCGAGAAACAAAGGCGGCUAAGCAAUUAAUGCUGGAUUGCACCAAUAAAAGCAAAGUGUAUCUCUUCAUGAAUUGCAGAGGGAUUACAAAGCGUCUCGAGUCUAUGUCGAAAGAGAUUAGCCGGGCUUUAAGUCUUCUUCCUUUGACCACACUUGAUAUUUCAUCAGCAAUUGUUGCAGAUAUUGAAAAGCUUAGUGAAAGUAUGCUGAAGUCUGAGUUUCGAGUGGCGAUUACAGAAGAAGAGAUCAUGGAGAAAAUUGAGUCCGGCAUACAGGAAAGGAAUGUUGAUCGUUUGUAUGCAAAUAAUUUGCUGGCUCUCAUUGCAGAGGCUGUUGGAAUCUCAACCAGCAGAUCAGAGUUAAAGAAGGAGUUUGAAGAAUUUAAAAAUGAGAUAGAGAAUGCUCGGUUGAGGAAAGAUCAGGCUGAAGCUAUACAGAUGGACCAGAUAAUUGCUUUGUUAGAAAGGGCUGAUGCAACUUCAUCAUCAAAGGAGAAAGAAAUGAGGUACUUUAGUAAGAGAAAGUCCUUAGGUAACCAACCAUUGGAACCACUUCAAUCAUUUUACUGCCCCAUCACAAGGGAUGUUAUGAUGGAUCCAGUUGAAACUUCUUCAGGACAAACAUUUGAGAGAAGUGCUAUAGAAAAAUGGUUAGCAGAUGGUCAUAAAUGCUGUCCCCUAACCAUGACUUUAUUAGACACAUCAAUAUUACGGCCAAAUAAAACUCUGAGGCAAUCAAUCGAAGAAUGGAAGGGCAGAAAUACCAUGAUUAUGAUUGCUUCCAUGAAACAAAAACUUGAGUCUGGACAGGAAGAAGAAGAAGAAAUUCUUAAUAUCCUGGGAGAGCUACAUGCUCUCUGUGAAGAAACAGACCAGCACCGCGAAUGGGUAAUCCUAGAGAAUUACAUUCCAAUUCUCAUCCAACUUCUUGGUGCGAAAAAUCGCGAGAUAAGAAAACGAGUUCUUAUCAUCCUUUGUAUUCUGGCAAAGGAUAGUGAUGAUGCUAAGGAAAGAACCAUAAUAGUUGAGAGUGCCAUUGAAAAUAUUGUUCGAUCACUUGGACGUCGUCCUGAGGAACGGAAAUUAGCAGUAGCAUUGCUAUUGGAAUUAUCUAAAUGCAAUUCAGCAAGAGAAUGCAUUGGAAAGGUUCAAGGUUGCAUACUCCUACUAGUGACCAUGUCAAAUGGCGAUGAUAAUCAAUCUGCUAGAGACGCAGAGGAGCUACUGGCAAUUCUAUCAUUCUGUGAUCAGAAUGUCAUUCAAAUGGCAAAGGCUAAUUAUUUCAAACACUUUCUUGAUCGUCUUUCUACAGGACCUGAAGAUGUGAAAAAGAAAAUGGCAAUGAAUUUGGCAGAGAUGGAAUUGACUGAGCACAAUAAAGAGUCUCUGUUUGAAGGAGGAGUGCUACAUCCUCUUCUUGGCUUGGUCUUGCAUGAUGACAUUGAUAUGAAAAGGGUGGCUAUUAGGGCUCUUCGAAACCUCUCAAGCUUACCAAAAAAUGGUUUACAGAUGAUCAGAGAACAUGCAGAGCGACCUUUACUUGGCCUUCUUUUUAGUCGCAACAUGUCACACUCAAGUUUACAAGAACUUAUAGCAGCCACCAUUAUGAAUCUAGCUACCUCAACUGUCUCUCAAGACUCUAAUCAGCCACCUGUUUCAUUCUUGGAAUCUGAUGAAGAUAUUUCCACACUCUUCUCUUUAGUUAGCUUCACAGGACCUAAUGUCCAGAUAGACAUUAUCAGGACCUUCCACAUUCUGUGUCAAUCCCGCUCAUCCACAAAUAUUAAAGCCAAAUUAAUAGAGUUCUCAGCUUUGCCAGUGUUGGUCCAACUGUGUGAGAAUAAUAACCUAAAGUUACGAGCAAACUCCAUCAACCUGUUCUGUUGCUUGGCAGACGGCGUAGAUGAAGCUAUUAUCUUGGAGCAUGUAAAUCAGAAAUUCAUAGAGACUGUAAUACAGAUCAUCAAAUCUUCGGAUGACAAUGAUGAGAUUGCAUCAGCAAUAGGCAUUAUCUCUACCCUUCCGGAAAUCCCUGGGAUCAAUCAAUGGAUUUUUGAUGCAGGAGCACUUCCACUCAUCAUCCGCAAACUCAAAAAUGGCCAGCAGAAUGGUCCAUUCAAGAACCAGUUGAUAGAGAAUGCUGUUGGAGCCAUUUGCCGUUUCACUGUUUCAACAAGGUUGGAAUGGCAACAGCGAACAGCUGAAGCUGGCAUUAUUACUGAAUUGGUGCACUUGCUUGAGUCUGGAACUGGAUUGACCAAACAGCGUGCAGCUAUAGCUCUUUCUCGUUUUUCAGAGAGUUCGUCAAGGCUAAGCAGGCCAUUACCAAAGAGUAAAGGGAUCUGGUGCUUUGCACCUCCUCCUGAAACUGGAUGUCCCGUUCAUAGAGGGAUCUGUGGUGUUGUGUCAACAUUCUGCCUUGUGGAGGCUGAUGCAGUUAUUCCACUUGUGAGGAUACUUUCGGAACCUGAUCCUGGAGCUUGUGAGGCUUCUUUAGAUGCACUUUUAACUUUAAUUGAAGGUGAAAAACUCCAAAAUGGUAGUAAGGUGCUUGACAAUUUAAAUGCCAUACAACCCAUUAUAAAACUUCUUAGCUCCCCUUCUCCUAGAUUGCAGGAGAAGACUCUAAGCGCUCUGGAAAGGAUAUUCCGGCAAAUAGAGUUCAAACAAAAGUAUGGUGGCUUUGCUCAGAUGCCUUUAGUUGACUUAACUCAGCGCGGAAAUGGUAGUGUCAAAUCACUAGCAGCAAGAAUACUUGCUCAUCUGAAUGUGCUUCAUGAUCAAUCUUCAUAUUUCUGAAGGAAACUUGUUGCUUCUGGUCAAUUACAAAGCUCAUUUUGAUGCUUUGGCUCCAUAAGAUUCUUCGGGAAAAAGACCAAAAAAAAAAAGAAACAGAUGCUGAAGGAAGCACAUUUCAAGGGGGAAGAAGCCCUUGCAUUUCCCAAAGAAGGCAGAUCAUAUCUCUCUUAUUCAUUUGUAAAAAAGAAAGAAAAUCUAGAUUACUUUCCUUCUUCCUGAGUUUACCAACCUGUCUGAUUUGAGAGCAUGUAGUUUGGUUACUCUCCUAGGAAUCAAAAGUGAUCUAAUUCAAUUUGUUAAAGCUGGCUGUAUAGAUAAUUAUGAUGAGACCGUUAUUGGACAGGAAGGAAACAUAUAAUGUAGCUCAUAUUAAAUGCUACAGAUGUGUUCUAAAGCUUCAUUGAUUUGAUGAUGUUAAUGCUAAAGAAAGUAGAAGCAACACUGGUGGACUGGUUGCCAAGCUUAGCUUCUUCACUUUCUUUGACAGAAUACAAUUCUUUGACAAGGUAGAUCCUGUUCUUCUGGAUUUGAGAAGAGGGAGUUCAAGCUUUGACUACAGGGUCUUUUGUGUUGAAUUUAUUAAGCAUUUUAUUCCAAGUUUAUGUUGUUUUUCUGUAGUUAAUUAGUUAGUUAUUGUUUUUUUUUUGUGUAGUAAUGUGAAUGUAUAUUUGAUUAUAAUAAUUUCUCUUGUAAAAUUUCUAUCUUCUUCCACUAAGCUUGUAAUGCCCUUCUUUCAAUAACAAAAAUACUUUUGCA